CCCACCUCCCCCCGUUACCACCGAUUCAACCGUCUCAAGCUCCUGCUCCGGUCAGUUACUACAAAAUGGCUGCAGAGGCUCCGCCGCCGACGAGAACCUCCUGAACGCUUCAUGCUGUGAGAAGAAGCAAAAAACACGAGAAGAGAACCAUUUGAUGGAAGAUAAGAAAAAGAAAAAGCAAGAAGAGAAGAAAAAGAAAGAAGCUGCUCAGAAAAAGGCCACAGAACAGAUAACCAAAGUGCCAGACUCUGCCAAGCUCGACCCCACCCCUCCUCUUCCCCCUGUCAACCCCAGUGCCGUCCCGUCUGUACCCCCAAGCAGUGGCAAUGGCAAGCGCGCCCCCUCUGGAGGUCAGCCGCAGACAGCACAGCAGCCCCAGACUCUGCUCCAGCAGCGCUACCCGCCAAGAGAGGUGCCCCCACGCUUCCGCCAGCAGGAGCACAAGCAGCUGUUGAAGAGGGGCCAGCCUCUGCCCUCCGGGACUCUGCCUCUCACCACCACGGGACGUUCCACCACUACUGAACCUGCAGCAGCAGUAGCCAUACACUCCUCUCCCUCCUGCUCCUCUUCCUCCACAGCCAGCCUGCCUACAGAACUGCCCCCACAGAGUGGUCAGGGAGCCCAGUAUGAUAAUCCCCUCUGGGGACACCUGCCAGCCAACAGGAGUGCCACAAGUGCUGCAUCUUCCACCAAUCUCAGUGGCUGGGAUCAACUGAUCAUUGACCAGAAGGACACAGAGGCUUGGCCUUCUAUUACCCACAGCCAGAGCCAGGUCCCUCCAGGAGGAUGCCCUUUGGACACUGACCCUGGUCGCUCGACCAGCAGCAGCAGCAGCAGUAGUACUAGUAGUAGUUGUAGUACAGUGAGUAUGGCCACGGGGGCCAAUAGCCAGACAGGCCACUUCCCUGCCAACCACCUUAGCAGCAAGGCCAACAGUGGGCCCAGCCCUGCCAAUCAUACUGGAACCAGCAUGCUCUCCAGCCAGGUUGCAGCCAAUCGCAGCUGGGGCUCUGGGCCUGGACCCUCCCAUUGCCCCCCUCAGUCCUCAGUGGGGAGUGAAGGGAAGAGUGACAGCCCAGUAGGGGGAGGAGGCAGCAGGGGCUGGGGAUCUUCUUCAUCAUCUUCCACCACCAACUUUAACUUGAACCUAAACCCUAAUGCCAACCCGUCUGCCUGGCCCAUGCUGGGUCAUGAUGGGGGUGGCACAGGGGGAGGCAGCUCAGGGGGAGCCAACACCAUUUCACCUCCUCAACCUACACCCAACCUCUGCAAUCCAACUGGCCCCCCACCAGCCCAGACCAGCACCUGUACCGGAGCCAACACUAACAGCAACUCCUCGGGGAUUGGCAGCGCCUGGGGUAGCAUAAUGGCGUCUGACACAUCAGAGCCACACCCCUCCCCGUCCACGAAUGUGUCUUUCAGUUCAGAACCUCAGAACCUUAAAACUGAUGGACCAAAUCACACUAAUAGGCAGGAACCCCCCAGCCCCAUCCGCAACUUGCCUGGCUGGGGUAAUGCACCUGUAGGCUUGGGUUCCAUGGGCCAGACCCCCACAGGGGGUCCACAGGUCAAUGGAGAAGAUAGUAGCCCAGUAUGGGGUAACAGUGGUGAGUCAAAGGCACCUUCAUCUAAGGAGACACCUGGCUGGGACUCUGGCUGGGGCCGUGGAGGAGGUGGAGCAGGAAGCUCUGGGGGCUGGGCUGACCAGUCUGGUGGAAACUGGGGGAAGCAGCGCACUGAGGAGGCCCAGGGAGGCUGGGAUACCCCCAGCUCUCCUCCCCAGGAUCCACAGGCUAGUCCUUGGAGCAGACCUGUGAGCACAGCUGGUGCAAGUGAAGGGAGCAGUGACAGCAUGGAAGGACAUCCCCAGCACAGAGAACCAUCAUCCAGAGAUAAUCCAGCUCCUCUGCUGCCUGCCCAGGAUCUGGAUCCCAGAGUGUUGUGCAACACUGGCUGGGGACAGACCCCUGUUCGCCAACACACCUCCUGGGACAUGGACGAUACUAAAUGCAAGAAUGAUGCAGCUGCUGAAUCAUGGGGCUCUGGCCCAACCACUCCAAGCGAUGCCCAGGGGCCCUCCAACACUAACAUGGGCCCCUCUCAGAGGACUGACCCUGGGAGCAAAAAUGAUGUGCCUGGUUCUCAGGGAGCUUCAGGUUGGGGUGGAAGCAUAGCUGCUAAUAACCAACCUAGCUCUGGUUGGGGAGAGCCACCCAACAACAUUAAGCCUCCAGGUGGCCCUGGUGGCUGGGGGAAUCCUCCAGCAGGAGGCCCCACCACCAGUAUACCCAAGAAUGGGGGUCAGUCCUGGGGGGAGGAGAAGUCAACUGGUUGGGAUGAUUCUCGCAACAAGGCAACAUCCCAGGGCUGGGGAGAGCAACCCAAAGCAUCCCACAGCUGGGGCAACAGUGGAGGCAGCAAUAAUGCAGGGGACUGGAGGGAACCAGAAGACAACAAAAAGAGUUCUACCAACCCAGGGUGGGAGGGAGAAACAGGAGGCUGGAAGGAGAACCCACGAGGCUGGGGAAUGUCGUCUUCAGGACCUGGGAUACCUGCAGCUGGAGGAAAUGGGGGCUGGGGAGAGCCAGUUUGCCAGCGUCCCACUGGCCCUCCUCAAGGCUGGGGGGGCAAGCCUCAGGAUGGGCCCAGCAGUAGUAGUGGAGGAGGGGGCAUCGGCUCUUGGGCUGGCUCAGGCGCAGUGAAGCAGGGCGGAAACUGGGGUGGCAGUAAGAAGGAGUCCUCAGCUGAGCCUACAGGCUGGGAAGAGCCCUCUCCACCUUCAAUCCGACGCAAGAUGGAGAUAGAUGAUGGGACCUCAGCUUGGGGUGACCCUGGUACCUACAGCAAGUCAGUCAACCUGUGGGACAGGAACAAUCCGGGAAUGUCCCAGAAUAAAGUUACCACUGGAGGCAAUAACCCCCCAGGCCCCAACAACAACCAUCCCCACUCUCACAAUCACCCCUAUCACGGGCCGCCUACACCUUUACAGAACCACACCCAAAAUUCCCAAAACCCAGGGCCUACUGGUGGGCCCAUGGAUCCUGUUGUCCAACACCAGUCUGGGCCAUCUCACAACAGGGGUCCCCUGAUAGCUCAAGGUUGGGGAGAGAUACCCAGCUCCCACACAAAAUCAGAGAGCUCUUGGGGGGAAGCUGCACCCGCUCCGGUCAGCGUCGACAACGGGACGUCAGCCUGGGGCAAAUCCACUGGGAGCUGUGGGGGCUGGGGAGACAGCAACCCGGACAGCUAUGGCAGGGGCAACCCGACGAUGACAUCUGCAUCUUGCAAACCUGCCCCCAAACCUAUGCAAGACGGAUGGGGAGGUGGAGGUGAAGAGCUGAACCUGUCGGGGGGUCAGUGGGAUGCUGAGGAAGGAGACAUGUGGAACAACGCUGCCUCCCAGGAGAGCAACUCCUCCUGUAACUCUUGGGGCAAUGCAUCCAAAAAGGGCCCACAGAAGCUCUCCCAGGGAAAGGUCCCAGGGAAGCAGGAAGACGCCUGGAUCAUGAAUCGUCUCAUCAAACAGCUGACGGACAUGGGCUUCCCUAGGGAUCCAGCAGAGGAGGCUCUGAAGAGCAACAACAUGAGCCUGGACCAGGCCAUGAGUGCCCUGCUGGAGAAGAAGACCGAGCUGGACAAGCGGGGGAUGGGGAUAGCCGGCCACGACUACAACAACGGGCUCAUCAACAAGCCCAUGAGCUGCCCUCGGCCUCCGCUUCUUUCCAAAGACCCCUCAGCAGACCCCCGCUUGCCAUUCAUGGAUAAGCAGAUGCAGGGUGGAAUGUUUGGCGGUGCUGGAGCAGCACAAGCCCGGGCCAUGCAGCAGCCGCAGCCGCCUCCUCAGCCGCCAGUGCCGCCUCUCAGUUCCUCUCAGCCUAGUCUACGUGCUCAAGUGCCUCAGUUUCUCUCCCCUCAGGUUCAAGCACAGCUCUUACAGUUUGCAGCAAAAAACAUUGGUCUGAAUCCUGCACUUUUAACCUCACCAAUAAACCCUCAACAUAUGACCCUUCUGAAUCAACUUUACCAGCUGCAACUGGCGUACCAGCGUUUACAAAUUCAGCAGCAAAUGUUGCAGGCGCAGCGCAACGUUUCUGGCCCCAUUCGACAACAAGAGCAGCAAGUUGCACGUACAAUCAAUAACAUGCAGCAGCAGAUCCAACAGCACCAGCGUCAGCUGGCCCAGGCCCUGCUGAUGAAGCAGCAGCAACAGCAACCGCCCCCUUCCCACUCGGGCCUGCAUCCUGGCGGGGCCAAAUCCACCCUGGAUUCAUUUCCAGGUCACCCCCAGGCUCCAGGCCUCCCUGACCUGCAGACCAAAGAGCCGCAGUCAUCACCCAACACCUACAGCCCCUACACUCUCUCUGGACUGAAUCCAAACAUGAAUGUAAACUGCAUGGAGGUGGGAGGUCUGUCUAUGAAGGAACCUCCCCAGCCUCAAUCGCGUCUGUCGCAGUGGACACAUCCCAACUCCAUCGAAAGCCUCUCUGGAAGCUCCUCUCCUCUAGAGCCCAACAUGGGCAAGCAUGGUGCCAACCUGGGCCCCCCUGGUAAGCCCCCUCAGCUGGAGGACUCUUACAGCCCCUACAACCUGAUGUCCAGCUCAGAGUCUCCUACCAGCCCCCUGGUCCCCCCAGACAGCUGGGGACAGGGCAAGAGCAGCAGCGACAAGAUGGCCAAUGGGACCAAUAUCAACUGGCCACCAGAGUUCUGCCCCGGUGUGCCCUGGAAGGGCCUCCAGAAUAUUGACCCUGAGACCGACCCCAACGUGACCCCCGGCAGUGUCCCCAGCGGGCCCACUAUCAACACCAACAUCCAAGAUGUCAACCGCUACCUGCUGCGGGACAGGAGCGGAGGUGAGCGCAGGGUUAAAGAGAGAUGUCUCAGCUCCUCUCCCACUUCAUCUCAGAACGAGGCUCUGCCUCCGUCCAGUGAUUGGCCAGUCAGUGCCUACACUAGCUCGUUCAGUCUGUCGUCCCCGGAGACGGACGAUGCAGGUAAACUGUCAGAGAUGAAAUCUACUUGGUCUCCAGGCCCCAUUUCUCACAGCCAGGCCUCUCUGUCCCACGAGCUGUGGAAGGUCCCCCAGGGCCCCCGGAGCAGUACCACGGCCCCUUCCCGACCCCCACCUGGCCUCACCAACACCAAGCCUUCAACCUGGGGUGGCAGCUCCUUAGGUCUGGCCCAGGGCUGGAGCAGCUCUUACACCACAGCAGGUACCACGUGGAGUACAGACAGUUCCACCAGGACCAGUAGCUGGCUGGUUCUGAGGAACCUCACUCCACAGAUUGAUGGUUCGACUCUGCGUACACUGUGCAUGCAACACGGCCCCCUCAUCACAUUCCACCUCAACCUGACGCAGGGCAACGCUGUGGUGCGCUACAGCUCCAAGGACGAAGCUGCCAAGGCUCAGAAGUCCCUGCACAUGUGCGUGCUCGGGAACACCACCAUCCUGGCAGAGUUUGCUGGGGAAGAGGACGUUAACCGCUUCUUUGCACAGGGCCAGUCGCUUGGCGUGACGACCAGCUGGCAGGCCACUCCAGGCACCAAUCAGACAAGGAUGGGCGGGGCCGGGUCCGGAGCCUCCCAUCCCAUCGGUCACUCCCCCCACUGGAACAACAACAACAACGGCAGCAGCAGCAGUAGCGGCGGCCUGGGAACAGGCGGAGCGAAGACGGGCGGAGAGUUGCUGUGGGGUGGUGUGCAGCAGUAUUCCAGCCUGUGGGGACCCCCGAGCGGAGAGGAGGGACGGGUCAUGGGGAGUCCCACCCCAAUCAAUACGCUGCUGCCUGGGGACCUGCUGAGCGGGGAGUCCAUGUAGAACAGAAGAGCCCCGGCGUAACAAACACCAACAGGAGCAAAAAUCUUGCAAAUCAUUGUGGAGAUAAUCAGUGUGGCUGUAAUGGUGAAAAGGAGAGACGAGAGGAGGGCGGGGCUACAUCCUCGCUGCUCACCCUCGCCAACCUCCUCUGCUCCCUUUUUGUUUUUAAAUGACAUUUCAGUUGCAGUUGUUUUGUGAAUCUCGCUGAGAGAUUUUGGUCACAGUGUUCAGCUUUUACUUUUGGAGACACAGGAAGAAGUCUCUCAUUCAACAAAGAAAGAGAACUUUUUACAGAACUUUUGGGAACUCGCCGUGUGAAACAUGUACUUCAGUUCAAACUGACACGACGACGAGCUGCCAUCUUUAAACUUGCGUAAUCCCUCUCUGCCUUUUCAGGCAAUCAUACUGCACCUCAGAGAUCCAUGAAAAGGCAUCAUUCCCAAAGUAAAAACCCUUCAAUCAGAGUGGUUGUCGAACUUUCAGCUGGUCCAGACUCAACAUUUGUUUCUCUCAGCACUAAUAUUAGCCUUAACCUCUUUCCUGCCCUGCUAUCCUCACUCACUCUGAUCUUGGUGAAGAAGCAUACGGACACUUGCACACCCUUAUUUCUGAGCCAGUGAAACCUGAGUGGAGAGUACAGUGCUGCUGCGGCUCAACGCAAGCAACCACGGCUCGCGACUUCAGUGCAUUUUUGCGAGCGGAUUGAGUUCCCCACACAACGCUCAAAGGGAAUGAUGCAACUCUGUUCGCCGUGUUCAAGCCAUUUAUUUUUGUAGUGUUUUUUUUUCUUCUUCUCCUCCUUGAACCAUUGCAAAACAAAGCUAAGAAAUGAUAUUAUUCAAAAUGUGUCUGUCAAUCUUACCCAGUGGGGGGAGAGAUUCGGGGGUCGUCGCAUGUACAGUUACGGACGUGACGAACAAUGAAAUGAACCACUGCUAUUACUAUGGAACUGUAAAGACAAACACUUCAAUGCACCUCAACUCGUCUGCGGGCAACUCGCAGUUUGGUCUCAGUCUCGGACCCUCUCACUGAUGUUGUGGAAAACCUCAAAUCGUAAACGUUUCCUACCGGUGUGUGUUUCCCACCAUUUCAAGUGACGUGCAAUAUAAGCCACAGACUACCGUCCAAGCACCCUACCAUGACCUCUCACAGAGAAGAGAGGAGACUGUAAGGAAUGACUGAACUGCAAAAACGCUAUCUUCCCUGCAACCCCCCGCAAUCCCCCCCACCCUAAAACUGCCACUACUACCCUUCAUCUCCCCUUUGAGAGUGUGUGAGCUCAGGAGAGGAGCAAGCUGGUCUUCAACCACCUUCUGUCCAAGACACAAGGACGUACACACAAAGCACUUCUUCAGCCAGCCUACUCUCCACACUUAUGCCAGUCACUAGUUUUGGGGGAGACGGAGGGACAGGUGUGUGUGUGUGUUUCUGCGUAUGUGUGAGUGUGUGUGUGUGCUUGGGGAGAAGGCAUCAAACCAAAACGAGAGGAGCCUGUUUUCCUUUUUAACCAGAAGACCAGAUGACCUUUUUUUUUUUCUUCUUCUUCUUUGCCCACAUUUGCAUCGGUAGGAAAGUCUGAAGCAAAGAUUUGUGAAUAGGUGGUCUAUCAUAGCACUUAGCAAGAGCGUCGCAGCUCGUUACACCCUUAAUGCCAACGAAUAGAAGAAAGGAGAAGCAACACUGGCAAAUAAAAACUGAAAAAAGACAAAAAAGCAAUCUGCUUAGUGGCUUCUCUAUAUACUUAUUUUUUAACUUAACAUGGAUGUGAAGAUUUUGUUUUUUCUUUCAAUCCUUCUUCCCUCAAGUCGGUGGGACCAGGAAGGAUGUCAAACAUGGUAGCAAAGUGAAGGGAAAUACAAAGAAAGAACUAACUCAACUGACGAUGGGUGCAGCAGGGAAAGACCCCAAAGCACUCACCCUCUUUAUCAAAGUAAAUAUCACUGUUACAUUGCAUACUUUGAAAUCUUUAGCCUUGGUGUCUGGAAAAACGCUCGACGUGUUUAUGUUCUACUGGAUCCAGCAGGGAGGAUCGCCAUCUUCUUCGUCCUUUUUUGUUUCUUUCUUUCUAUUGGAGGCCCUGCCAACCUGUGUGAUAGUGUGGCCACUGAGUGCCUGCCUGCUGCGGAGUGCAGUGCUCUGCAGCAGCCCUCACCCCCGCCCUCCCCCACCUUCGCUCGCCGCCUCCCUGCGGAUCCCUACAGACUGGCUUCCCUCCUCUUCCUCCCCCAACCUCCCCCUCCUUUCCCCUCGGCCUCCAGGCCAAGAGCAGCUCUUUCAGAACUGGCCCACCUGUAUUAAAUUUACUACUACUGCUGCGCCAGAGUCUGUCCUCAGCAACCUCCAACUCUCUCUUUGUCUCUCUCCUGCAAGGAUCACUUUAGCCAGAGAUGGAGGCGUUUGAUGUGUUUUUGUUUUUUCUUGGUUUCACUUAUGGAAUUGCCAGUGUGCAUUUUUAUUUGAUUGUUGUCAUGAAGUUUGCUGAUAUUGUUGCUGUUAUCAUUGAUGAUAUAGAUAAUGAUUGUUUUCUGAUGAUGAUGAUUUCAUGGCUUUUUAAUAUUUGGUCUUUAUGCAGUGUUCAGCUUCUCUCCUGCCCCUCCCACUGCCUCCGAGGCAGAAGCGGUGUGUAGUGUAGAGGCGAGGCCACGCGACACGCUGCGGAUCUCAGUAGAAACAGGCUGGUGGGGGAUUUCUUACGCGGGCUUGUUGGCGUCAGACAGGGGGUUUUGAAGAGUCAAGUGGGGGAAAGGUUGUGUAGUCAAGGGUCCUCCAGGAUAGUGAGCCAACUUCCUCUGUCCAUCCUGGGGCACCUCCGCUCUAUGUUGUCUCAUAACACACACAUCCUUUAGUGUUGAUGGGCCUCACUCACACUGGUGCUUUAUGUUUAACUCUGGGAGCACUCAGUUACACUUAGAACCACCUCAACUGACAACAGCCUUCCAUUUCUAUGCAAAGACAAGGAGGUGUUCGUUCACAGCCAUCUAGAAAAUCACAGCCAUCCCCCCCCCCCCUCC